AUGGCAGUCACUAUUCUUCUCAUUUUCCCGUUGACGGCUAUCUUCGCCUUCAUGAGACGAACAGGGCCUCGUCGAGAACCACCUUAUCUCAAGGAAACUCUUCCCUUGGUCUCGAACACAUACGAGUACUUGACUGAUUUGAGUAGAUUUAUGGAUAGAGCUACACAAGCUUUAUGCGAAAGUAGUAUAAUCAGGUUUACGUUGGGGACGUAUAAUGUAUACUGGGUGGCUGGUGCAAAAAACACGCAAGUGUUAUUUGGCCCACCUCAUAUUGUUGACCCAGAUAUGUUCCAGCUGCGUCUUAUGGAUUCCCAUUGGGGUAUGCCGAUUAAAGAAAUCAAGAUGUUUGCAGACGACAAGUCUGGAAGGAAGAAAGUCCCUUUGCCAGGUACAGAGAGGAUUCCCCUAGGACGUCGCCAUUGGUAUAAUCACCAUACCUUAUAUGCCCAGUAUCUUAGCAGUCCAAAGUACACAGAGGCUAUAGCCAAUACAUUUUGCCACGCAUUUCUUCGACAUCUUGACAAUCAGCCCGAUGAGAAGUGGACAUCUGUACGGCUUUUUCAAUUUCUUAAAAAUGACAUGGCCGAGAGCGCCAUCGAAUCCUUGUUCGGCUCUCAAAUUCUUCAUCUCAAUCCCGACCUUAUCAAAUGCUAUUGGGAAUUCGAUGAAGUCGCGGGCGAACUUGUAUGGGGUCUACCAAAGUUUAUCAGACGUAAACCUUGGAAGAUUCGGGAACAGUUACAUCAUAUGGCCUUAAGGCACAUCGAGUCUGCUUGGAACAACUUCAACUGGAACGGUCCAGAAUGUGAAUCUGAUUGGGAACCCCAUUUUGGUUCACGUUUCUCUCGUGAAACUGCCAAAUGGUUCAGAGAGGCAGGUUUCUCCGACCGAACAGCAAGCGGGCACACUACGGCCAUAAUGUUUGGACUUAAUGGAAAUACAUUACCUAUAGUGGCAUGGGCAUUGAUGGAAAUAAUCCAAGAUCGGCCCCUGCUACAAGCUGUAAGAGAAGAUGUAUUACGAUCGUUUGUCAGGGACCAGGGAACCGGCCAACGCCGCAUCGACACAGAGAAAUUGUUAUCAUUGCCUCUGCUCUCAUCUAUAUACACCGAGGUCCUGCGGAUGCAUAUAUCAUUCAACGUCACACGCAUGGUUCGGCAAGAUCUUCUUGUAGAUGGAUACCACGUUAAUAAAGGGUCUAUUUUACAAGCACCAAGUCAGAUUGCUCACUACGAUGAAGACGUUUGGGCCGUGGAUGGGCAUCCUGCGUCCCAAUUUUGGGCAUCACGACACGUGAAACAUGUCGAGAAAGCAGACGAAACAGGAUGUAUCACCGAAGAGACUCACUUUUCGAUGAAGGCUCGGCCGACUUCCUUCUUCCCCUAUGGGGGAGGUCACGCAAUGUGUCCAGGGCGGCACUUCGCAAAGCGGGAGAUUAUGAUGACGAUAGCCAUGAUCCUUGCCAAAUUUGACUUGGAGUUUGUUGAAUGGACUCAGCUAGAUGGAUCGCUAUCAGAUAGGCCAGCUCGAAAUGACAAGAGGUAUGCGGGAGCGGCGGCUAUGCCACCUGACCGGGAUAUGAGAAUCCGCUGGAAACGGCUUUGGUAAAUUGCCUCGUACUAUAUUCUGCGAUGUGUACAUAGCUACCUGAUAGCAGCUCGAGUGGAG